AUGUAAUAAUUAAUAAUCUUUAAUCACAUCAGAUUUAUAGUUUUAAAUUAACCGUUGUUUAAUUAAUAGGAUGAUAUUGUAUUACACUUACUUUCUUAUAGACAGACAGACAUAUAUAUAUUCAUUCAUUAAUUACCUCAAUAAAAUAGCUAUGAGUAAAAUUUUUGA